AAGCGGUCGGGCAUACGUGCGCGUGCGUCGGUCCGUGUUGAGCCGCGCGGCUGAUAAAGCUCGCAAUUUUAGUUGUCAGUUGAGAGCGUGCCGUCGAGAGCAUCGCUCGCUUUACCGACCUUACCGUCGCCGUACCGAGCGCGGCUAUCGUCCAUCCGGUCACCCACGGGACCAUCAGACACGAUACCCGGCAGCGAAUCCUGUGGCAUGGGUGAUGGUGCCAAGAUGAGUUAUUGGCGGUUGUUAGUGGCGGCGGCGCUGCUGGCCAGCGUGGCGGGAGACCCUCGCACGCCGCGCGGCACCACGCGGCCGCGCCACUGGCAGCGAGGACAACGCAUGCUCGACGAUCGAGCGCCCAGCCAGUUUGUCGGUUCACACGUAUGCCGGAGCCGUAACAGCACGCAUUGCUGUCCCGGGUGGACAUCCAGACCUAAUUCAUUGCUGUGUAUCGUCCCACUAUGCCGACCAGACUGCGGCUCGCCAGGUGCUUGUAUAGCUCCGAACAUCUGUCGAUGUCCAGGAGGAGUCGAGGCGCCUUCCUGUGGGAAUGGCGGUUUAUACCCUUAUCCAGUGAGGACACAAGGCGGUUGUCGACGUAUCUGUAUGAACGGGGGCACGUGUACGAACGGCACAUGCGCCUGUGCUCCCGGCUGGAGCGGGGAGUUCUGCACAGAACCGAUAUGUAAGGAGCCAUGUUUGCACGGCGGCCGCUGUAUUGCGCCGGACAGAUGCGUGUGUUUCCACGGUCUCUCCGGUCCGAGAUGCGAGAUCGAUAGGAGAACAGGUCCGUGCUACACGGAGACGCGUGGCGCGCUGUGCACGGGCGCGCUGGAGGGCGUGGUAUGUACGCGGCAGCUCUGCUGUGCCACGGUCGGCCGCGCCUGGGGACACCCCUGCGAGAGGUGCUCCGACCUCGACUGUCCAGUGGGACACCUGCGGAACCUCGCUACCAAGGAGUGCCAGGACAUAGACGAGUGCGCAGCUGUACCGGGCUUGUGUUCAGGGGGCCGUUGCAUCAACUCCAUAGGGUCAUUCUCAUGCGAAUGUCCGCCAGGACAGCGCCGGCAUCCCCUCUCCAACAACUGCGAAGACAUCGACGAAUGCGAGGAUCCCGAUAUUUGUCCUAAUGGCAAAUGUGUGAACACGGAAGGAGAUUACUACUGUCUUUGCAACCCCCACUUCAUUCCUAGUCCUGACAAGAAAUUCUGUAUUGACGGGCGAGUGGGCAGCUGCUACGCGUACCUGAGCGAGACGGGUGAGUGCGCGGACCGGCUGCCGGUGGCGCUGUCCAACCGCGACUGCUGCUGCGGGUACAACAUGGGCCGCGCCUGGGGCGACCUCUGCACGCCGUGCCCGCCGCGCGGCGCCACUGAAUGGACGCAUCUGUGUGGUGGUGGUGCUAUCCCUCCGAACUGGAGGAGGAACGUGACAGGAGGAGGUGGAGGUGGUGGCAUUGGUGGGGGAGGACAGGGUGGGGAAGGGGGAGGCUCAUCUGGAGGCGGAGAAGAUGGUGACGGCGGAGGAGGAACAUUCGCGCCUCCAUCCAUAGCGAAGAUCAACGAGUGCAUGCUAAGAAACGGUAUCUGCGGAUUGGGAAAUUGUAUUGAUAAGGAUGUCGGGUACACCUGCGAGUGCUGGGCCGGCGCGGAGGUGGCAGAGAUCGACGGGAACCGCGUCUGCAUCGACAUCGACGAGUGCGCCCUCGAGUACUGCAAGGGGGGGACGUGCAUCAACCGACCGGGGGACUUCGAGUGCAGGUGUCCUCCGGGCUUCGACCCCGUUGAAAACGGUUUGAGAUGCAGCGACAAGAACGAAUGUGAGAUGACCAACGGAGGAAUGUGCACCAACGGAAUCUGCAAGAAUAUAGAUGGAGGGUUCGAGUGCAUCUGCAAGCCCGGGUACGAGUCGGGCUCGGAGGGCGCGCUGUGCCGCGACGUGGACGAGUGCCGCGACAACCCGCGCGUGUGCCGCCGCGGCCGCUGUCGCAACACCGCCGGCUCCUACACGUGCCUGUGCGAGCCCGGCUUCGCCCCCACAGCGGCCGGCUACUGCGCCGACGUGGACGAGUGCGCCGCCGACUCCAUGUGCAAGGGCGGGCGCUGCGUGAACAGCGAGGGCUCGUUCCAAUGCGUGUGCGAAGCGGGGUACCGGCCCACCGCCACCCGCGGCGCCUGCGUGGACGUGGACGAGUGCGAGGAGCAGCGCGUCUGCCGCAACGGCCGCUGCCACAACACGCCCGGCUCCUUCCGCUGCGAGUGCCUGCCCGGCUUCACGCUCAGCAACGACGGCAGGACGUGUCUAGAUGAGGUUCAAGACUUAUGUUACGAGAAAUACGAAGAGGGCCACUGCACGGGGCCGGGACAGAACGCGGUCACCAGGUCGCAGUGCUGCUGCAGCGCCACUAAAGGUCUAAAGCUAGGCUGGGGCGUGUCGUGCCAGGCGUGCCCGGCGCAGGGCAGCGAGCUGUACGCGGUGCUGUGCCCCGAGGGACCCAGCAAGGACAACGGCGGCGCCGACAUCAACGAGUGCACCGCGGUGCCCGGCGCCUGCCCGCACGGCUCCUGCGAGAACCUGGAGCCCGGCUACCGAUGCAUCUGCGACCCCGGCUACCAUCCAGACGCGGACGGACUGUGCCGGGACAUCGACGAGUGCGAUAUGCACCAAUCCUACUGCGCGGGCGGCCAGUGCCGCAACACGGCGGGCAGCUUCACGUGCGUGUGUCCCGAGGGCACGCGCCACGAGCCCGAGCUGCAGCUGUGUCGGGACAUCGACGAGUGCGAGGGUGAGACUGAGACACAUUACAUCGAGUCCGACUAUGAGCGCGGCGACAUACCCCCCACCUUCCCGACGAGGACAGAGCUGGCGAGCCCGUGCGACAACGGACGCUGCAUCAACACGCACGGCGGCUUCGAGUGCGAGUGCGAGCUGGGCUACGUGCUGGACGCCACCGCGCAGCGUUGUCUGGACAACCGGCGCGGCUCGUGCUGGCGCCGCGUGGUGGACGGACAGUGCGAGGCCGCCGCGCCAGAGCUACUCCUGCGCCAGGAGUGCUGCUGCAGCGUGGGGCUGGCCUGGGGCUCGCCCUGUGCGCCGUGCGAUCCCGACCACUGCCCCUGCCCCAAGGGAUUCGCCAAGCUGGACGGCGCCACGUGCCGCGACGUGGACGAGUGCGCGCUGAGUGCGGAGCUGUGCGCGGGCGGCACGUGCGUCAACACGGACGGCUCCUACCGCUGCGACUGCCCGCCCGGACUCACGCUGGACUCCACCGGUAACCGCUGCGUGGACCGGCGGCGCGAGUCCUGCUACACGGAGAUGACGGGCGGGCGCUGCUCGGGCCCUCUACCCACCGACGUGCUGCGGGCCGUGUGCUGCUGUUCAGCCCUGGGCAAGGCCUGGGGGAACCAGCGCUGCGAGCCCUGCCCUAAGAAAGGAACGGAUGCCUAUCAAAACCUGUGCAUAGCAGUGGGCACUCUGCUACCGCCGAACCAGUGGGACAGACCGAUCGACGGCAACAUGACCGACAUCUGGUCACAGGUCGGAGGAGACGAGAACGGGGACGGGUAUGGGAAACAGUGGGGUGAGAAUGGUAGCGACGGAGGUUGGGAUACCUGGGGGAACGGAACCGUUGGAGGAAACGGACCGGGACUGAUCCCCGGACAGAUGGAAGUUAACGAGUGUGCAGCUUUCCCUGGACUCUGCGGCCAUGGACGCUGUAGAAACCUGCUUGGCGGGUUCACUUGUGAUUGUUUCCCUGGAUACGAAAAGGAUUCAAAGAACCACACGUGCGUGGACGUGAACGAGUGUGAGAUCGUGGACGGCGUGUGUGGUGACGGCGACUGUCACAACACUGAAGGCAGCUUCACCUGCCACUGCCGUCCUGGGUACAAGGCGGACGACUUCUCCAAGAUAUGUGUCGACAUAGACGAGUGCGCGGACAACGACGCGUUGUGUCGCGGCGGCCGCUGCGUCAACACGGCGGGCUCGUUCCGCUGCGAGUGCGGCCACGGCAUGGAGCUGGCGCCCGACAGACUCUCCUGCAAGGACAUCGACGAGUGCUCCAUCACCUCAGGUAUCUGCAGCAACGGCGCGUGCGAGAACCAGAUGGGCACGUACCAGUGCGUGUGCGACGAGGGCUACGCGCAGUCCACCGUGAAGUCGCACUGCGACGACAUCGACGAGUGCGCCGAGGACGCCGCGCGCUGCCAGCACUCCUGCGUCAACACGCCCGGCUCCUACCACUGCACCUGCCGCGAGGGCUGGCACCUGCGCGCGGACGGGCGCUCGUGCCGCGACAUCGACGAGUGCGCGGGCGGCGCGCGGCCCUGCGGCGGCGGACAGUGCCGCAACACGGUCGGCUCCUACACCUGCACCUGCACGGACGGGCUGGUGCCGUCGGCCGCCGGCGCCAAGCCCACCUGCCAGGACAUCGACGAGUGCGCAGACAUACCGGAGCUGUGCGGUGCCGGGUCGUGCCACAACACGAUCGGCUCGUUCGUGUGCCAGUGUCCGGAUGGGUACAGCGUGAAGCCGGAGCAGGGACCCGCCUGCACCGACGACGACGAGUGCGAGCUGGGCACCUGCGACUGCCACCCCGCCGCCGACUGCAUCAACCUACCGGGCUCGUUCCAGUGCCGGUGUCGGGACGGGUGGCGCGGGGACGGCGCCACGUGCGAGGACGUCGACGAGUGCCUCACCAACAACGGCGGCUGCCACCCGCGGGCCACCUGCGCCAACACGGACGGCUCCUUCCGCUGCCUCUGCGACACCGGCUACAAGGGAGACGGGUACUCGUGCGUGGACAUCGAUGAGUGCGCCAACGACCCCACGCUGUGCGAGAACGGGCACUGCAGCAACACGCCGGGCGGCUACGAGUGCGACUGCGACGUGGGCUUCACGCGCGCCGCCGACGGACGCUCGUGUCUGGACAUGGACGAGUGCGCCACGUUCGACAACGUUUGCGUAUUCGGGCGUUGCGUGAACACGUACGGCAUGUUCAAAUGUAUCUGCGACAAGGGGUACCAAUCGGACAGCGUCGACGAUCUGAUGCCCGGCUUCAACUGCACGGACGUGGACGAGUGCAAGUCGCCGCAGUCGUGCCAGUACGGGCAGUGCAUCAACACGCAGGGCUCCUACACGUGCCGCUGUCCGCCCAACUACGAGCUGGUCUCCGACGGCACGGCCUGCUACGAUUCCCGUAAGGCCCGUUGCUACGGUAAAGUGGAUCUGCGCUCCGGGACGGAGACAUGCCGGGACAGCGAUGAGCUCUCCGAGGACGGAACCAUGGCCGCCUGUUGCUGUUCCGUCGGAGCGGCGUGGGGCAACUACUGCGACCCGUGUCCGGAGCCGGGCUCUGAGGCCUACCGCCAGCUGUGUCCUGGGGGACCGGGGUACCAGCCGGUACUAGAACCGCCGUCGUACGUGGUGACGCUGGCCGACAUCGACGAGUGCGCCGCGCACGAGGGCCUGUGCGCGCACGGCACGUGCACCAACACGUUCGGCUCGUUCGUGUGCACGUGCGGCGCGGGCUGGAGUCUGGCGCCCGACGAGCUGAGCUGCGAGGACGACGACGAGUGCGAGCGCCCCGACGUGUGCGGGCCCGGGGUCUGCCGCAACCUGCCCGGCUCCUACGUGUGUCUGUGCCCAGAGGGAUACGUCGCCAUGCCCAACGGAAAGGAAUGCGUGGACGUGAGACAACGACAAUGCUACAUGGAGUGGAACGAGGAGGACCAGAGCUGUGCGGGGGCGGUGGGAGUCCCGCAGACCAAGUACUUGUGCUGCUGCUCUGUGGGGCACGCCUGGGGAGCGCCGUGCGAGGCGUGUCCCCCGCGGGGGUCCCCGGCACACACGGCCCUGUGCGGCGAGAAGCCAGGGGAGUACAUCAACCCUGUCACCAAUGAGACGAAGCCCAUCGACGAGUGCGACAUCAUGCCGCAGCUCUGCAAGCCUGGUACCUGCCACGACACGCCCACUGGGUUCCAGUGCGGAUGUGAUCAUGGGUACGAGCACGACAACACAUCGCACCUGUGCCGGGACGUGGACGAGUGCUCGUGGGGCCGGCCGCCCUGCCGCGGCAUGGCGCAGUGCGUGAACCUGCCGGGCGCCUUCGAGUGCCGCUGCCCGCCCGGGUACCGCCUCACGCCCUCUCUGGACGAGUGCGAGGACGUGGACGAGUGUGGCGACCAGCGCAUUUGCGACCACGGGGACUGCAGGAACACUAUCGGCUCUUACAGAUGCGAAUGUAAGCCCGGGUACACUCUCCGGGAGAACGUGUGUCGCGACGUGGACGAGUGCUCGCGGCCGCGGCCCGUCUGCAGGAACGGCACGUGCGAGAACCUGCCGGGCGCGUACCUGUGCCACUGCGACGACGGCUUUAAGGCGGGACCCAACAACGACUGUGUCGAUGUGAACGAGUGUCGUGAAGGCGGCAUGGUCUGCCGCAACGGUCGCUGCCGGAACACGGUGGGCUCGUUCCGCUGCGAGUGUGCGCCCGGGUACACGCUCACGGCCGACGGACGCAACUGCCGCGAUGUAGACGAGUGCGACGAACUGCCGCACCCCUGCGGGAGGGACGGGAAUCCCUCUUGCACUAACACUAAUGGAGGAUACGAAUGUUCAUGUGGCGCGGGCUGGAAGUUAGUAGGGCGGCGAUGUGUGGACCGCGACGAAUGUAAGGAGCUGCCCUACGUGUGCGCCGGAGGAGAGUGCCGAAACUUUAAUGGAGGAUACGUUUGCGAGUGUCCGGCGGGCUGGCGGUUCGACAAGACGGCGGCCGUGUGCGUGGACGAGCGCAAGGAGCUCUGCUACGACGAGUGGGAGGCCGGCCGCUGCCACCGCGCGCGCCCCCUGCAGCUCGCGAGGCCGGAGUGCUGCUGCUCUGAGGGUGCCGCUUGGGGCCGUUACUGUGAGCGUUGUCCGGCGCCGGACUCCGCUGAGUUCAUGAGGAUCUGUCAAGGUGGAAUGGGAAGACCCAAUCUUACACAGGAUCUAGACGAGUGUCGCGUCCGCCCCGACGUGUGCGUGGGCGGGCGGUGCGUCAAUACGGACGGGUCGUUCCGCUGCGAGUGCCCGGACGGCUACGUGCUCGCCCCGGACGGGCUGUCCUGCGUGGACGCGGACGAGUGCGCCCUGGACCCCAGGAUCUGCGGCAACGGGACCUGCUCCAACACGCGCGGAGGCUACGAGUGUCAGUGCAGCCCUGGCUUUACGCAGGGGCCGGAUCAGACGUGCGUGGACGUGGACGAGUGCGCGGAGGGGCGCGCGUCGUGCACGUUCCGGUGCCACAACACGGCCGGCUCGUUCCGCUGCACGUGCCCGUACGGGUACGCCGUGGCGGCGGACGGCGUGCACUGCCGCGACAUCGACGAGUGCGUGCAGGAGCCGCGCGUGUGUCCGCACGCCUGCGAGAACGUCGUAGGCUCCUACAUCUGCAAGUGUCCGGAAGGAUAUCGUCGUACCUCGGCCCCGCAGGACUCUGAGAAUGCCUGCGAGGAUAUCAACGAGUGCGAAGAACAAGAAGACCUAUGUUCGGGAGGAGUCUGCAUCAAUACAGACGGGAGCUUCCUCUGUGACUGCGACGCCGGGUUCGAACCCAGCGAAGAUGGAACCGACUGUAUUGACCGUCGCACGGGCACGUGCUACCGCUCGCUGGUGUCGGGGCGCUGCGAGCCGGAACCCUGGCCGCGCGCCGCCCCCGCCACGUCCGCCGCGCCCGCCGCCUCCCCCGGCCCCCCCGCGCCCGGACACGUCACCAAGGCUCAGUGCUGCUGUACCUUGGGAGCGGCGUGGGGAUCAGAAUGCGAACUGUGUCCUGCACCCGGCUCCCCGGCGAGACUCGAUCUGUGUACCGCGGUGAACUUGACCCCCGGGGGACAAGGAGGCCACGGAGGAGGCGGGGGCUCCGGAGGGUCGCAUGGGGGCUCGGGCGGGUCGUUAGAUGUGUUCGCUGAUGUUGACGAGUGUGCCGCAAUCCCAGGGCUGUGUGCACCCGGACGGUGUGUCAACACUAUUGGAAGUUUCCGUUGCGUGUGCGGGCCCGGGUACCGUCCGGCGGGCGAGGUGUGCGCGGACGUGGACGAGUGCGCGGUCCGGCCGCCGCCGUGCGACCAGCUGUGCCACAACACGGACGGCUCGUACGACUGUCUCUGUCGCACCGGCUACGAGCUGGACGAGGACGGCGCCAACUGCCGCGACGUGGACGAGUGCGAGCGAGACACACAUACCUGCCAGCAGAUCUGCUCCAACACCGAGGGCUCCUAUGAGUGCUCGUGCGAGGACGGGUAUGAGAAGAGGGGUGAUGCUUGUGUCGAUAUAAACGAGUGUCACGAGGAGGGCGUGUGUCCGUCCCCGGGGCGGUGCGUGAACCUGCUGGGCUCGUUCCGCUGCGUGUGUCCGCGCGGCUACCGGCUGGACGCGGAGGGCGCGCGGUGCGUGGACCGCGACGAGUGCGCGCAGACGGGCCGCUGCCAGGCGCCCUGCCGGAACUACGCCGGCGGCUACCGCUGCGACUGUCCCGUCGGCACGGUGCGGUCGCCGAGCGGGGCCUGCGUGCCGGCGGACCCGUGUUCGAACGCGGAGUGUGGCGCGUCCCCUUGCUUCCCGGUGGGAGGGGUCUACCGCUGCGGCUGUCCCCCGGGGUACGGCUGGGAUGCCUCUCAUGCUGUCUGCCUACAGCUGGGCGGCGGCUGCGCCACAGCGAACUGUCUGUUCGGGUGCCGGUCGCUCGGGUCCUCGUUCGAGUGCGGCUGUCCGGGCGGGUACGCGCUGGUGGCCGGCCACUGUCUGGCGGGCGCGGACGGCUCGCUGUCCCCGGACGACAUCGGGGACGCGCCCGUGUUCCCGCUGCACGACCAGUACAAGCUGGGCGGCCAGCAGGACCUCAUCUCCACCGAAGGCUGCUUCAGUUGUAAGGUGAACGGCCGACACCGGAGAACACCGGACGAAGCCGUCAUCUACGCGAACGGAACGACGCUCAUGAGGAAACGGAAACGGCGCAGUCGAAGUCGCAGGUCAGUCUUGGAACCGGAAGCGGAGCUGGUGGUGGUCCGGUCGCGGCCGGAGCGCACGUGGGCCCGCGCCCCCCUGCUGCGCCUCACCCCCGCCGCGCCCCGCCCCCGCCCCCACUACCGCAUCGCGUACGGCGACCCGGACCGCCUGUUCACGCUGUCCAAGCGGGACGGCGCCUGGGCGCUGCGGCUCCGCAAGCAGCUGCCCCGGGACGCCGAGCUGCGCGCGCAGCUGGAGAUCGAGGCCCGCUUCGUGUCCCCUCGCCGCAUGAGGCGUGACGUCACGUCCUCGCAGCCGCCGGUCAGACUGUACGUGUCCGUUGACAUUUCACCAGACCACAAGCACUGAUCGUUGUUGACGUCAGCGAACGGCGGACCUCCGGCUACUGUUCGCGCCGACCUUAACUGUUGUGAUGAUUGGAACCGGUGACUCCUGCUGGUACAUCCAGGACACUGCCACGGUCACCGUAUUGUGAACGAUACACUGCCUCGUCGAAUAUUGAAAAAAAAUUUAUGGAAAGAGAAUAGGGGUAUUAUAUUAUUAAAUUUUAUAAUGAAAUUUUAAAGUUGGCAUAGCUGUGUCGAGAAUCCAUUUUUAUACUUUUGUAUAUUGUCAAAAUUAAAAAAAAAAACUUCACCAUUCAUUAUUCAUCAUGUUCAAAUAUGUUUGCAAACUAAAUUGAUUAAUACACAAUCUGAAUGACACGACAUUUUAUACCUACAAACAAAAAUAUUUUUACAUAUUUGAAUUUGAAACGUUUCAAAAAAAUCUUUGACUUGUUUUAACAAAUAUUCUCAAAAGCAUUAUAAAUUAGAACACGUCUGUAAUGGUUGUUGAAUUUAAAAAAAAAUCUCACUGUCCGAGCCGUCUGGCAAAUGGAUGUUAAAUUUACGACUCCUGGAAAAAUAAAAUUACGUGAGAUUAUAAUCUGGAAGCCAGCAGCCCGUAGCCACCUGUGUGUAGUAGCUACAUCACCGGCAGUAUUAAUGUGGCGAAUCCCUGAAAUCUAGUUUUAAACGAUCAUGUCGACGUCCACAGAUCGACGAAAUGAUAUCGAUAACUUGAAUAUCGUCAACGACACAUCACUAAUUUUACAUCGAAACCAGUGAUUUCUCAUUUAUUAUAGAUUAUUUACCAUUUUUAAGUUUAAUAUUUAUUUAAUUAUUUUUUCUUAAAAUAUUUUUCAAUAACGCGUGUUUUUAGAUUGACCUAAACAAUAAUGUUUCCGGAUUUUUGUUUUAAUUAACGUAAGUACAAAGGUCGAUGCAAUAGUAAUGUUUUUGUAAAUAUUGUGUAUACAAUUUAUAUGAUUAUAAUUUUUAAUAAAAAAAUAGGUUAUAAUACAAUUAGUUUAUACUUUUAACUUUAGGCGUUAAGUGUAUGCGGAAAUAAUAAAAUUUAUAAUUCCAA